GGGGCCCCUCCUGCACUGUGGUAGGAGGGGGCGGUGCAAGUCUGCGAGAAGGGCACCCUGGGGGAGCGGAGGAAGCCGGUGACUGAGGCGGGGAAAGGUUACGAACUGCCCUUGGUCGGCAAGGGGAGCGGGUGCACCGCGUCUCGGCCGUGAGGAUGGCUGCCCCCGGAGUCCGAGGCCUGCGGGCCACCUACCACCGUUUGCUCGACAAGGUGGAGCUGAUGCUGCCCGAGAAGCUGAGGCCCCUCUACAACCACCCGGCAGGUCCUAGAACUGUGUUUUUCUGGGCACCAAUUAUGAAAUGGGGGUUGGUUUGUGCUGGAUUGGCUGACAUGGCCAGGCCUGCAGAAAAACUCAGCACGGCACAGUCUGCUGUAUUGAUGGCUACAGGAUUAAUAUGGUCAAGAUACUCCCUUGUAAUUAUUCCUAAAAACUGGAGUCUGUUUGCUGUUAAUUUUUUUGUCGGUGCCGCAGGAGGCUCUCAACUCUUUCGUAUAUGGAGGUAUAAACAGGAACUAAGAGCUAAGGAAGAUUUGUAAAGGACUCUUGAUCUGCUGAACAAAUCCUGAAGCAGUUAUCACCACCAAAGGGACCUAGUUUGAUUAAUUGUAAUUUUAUUAUUUGGUUGUCAAAAAGAUAAUGCUAACAAUGUUAAUGUUCUGCAGAUGAGAUUAACAGUAGCCAUUAUAUAAUAUCUUGAUGGAACUGAAAAUAAAACACACUUUUAGUAA